CUCUCGCAGCAUGCUGCCGGGUCUGGAUAUGUAAUUAUUAAAAAGAAUGAGACGGUGAGAGAUAGGAUAAAAAUGAUCCGCGACCUGCACGACCUGGGGCUGGGCCUCAUAAGUCCAGGGCGCCUCCGCAGGGUCGCGUCCGACCGGCUGGCAGUCAAACUGAGGCUGUCGCGGCAUACCAGGUUCCUUCGCAACCACAGAGGGGCCAUCCUCAGCCUUGACGUCGACGGGCUCAGCGGCCGAUUUGUCUUGGCUGCGUCCUCGCCGUCGAAAAUCACAAUUCAUGACCUGCAGAAGCCUGAUUCUGAAAUUUUACCUCCACAGUUCCACGGUAAUCGGAAUGCACCAACGGCGUUUGAACUGUUUCACGAGAGCGUGUGCUGCGUGCAGUGGUACCCUGGCAGCGUGAAAAUCAUCACCUCUUCAGGCAAGGACGGCAGCUUGCGAAUGUGGGACGUGUGCAAUAGGGUGGUAUGUUGCGAGGUGAAGCCGGUGAAAGAAAACCGACUCACCCAGCACCACCAGUCUCCAGCCUCAAAAAUCCCCUUGGUCGCAGUGGCGUCACCCUCUCCAGGCAUUCCGGUGCUCGACCUUCGAUACGGAAAGAGUCCAAUGACACUGAAGAACACGCUGGGCCCUGUCACCUACGUGCAGUGGUCUCCGACUGACGAGCACGCUAUUGCCUCUGCAGCAGAGUCGGUUGUCCUUCUCUGGGACGUCCGAAUACCCAGCAAACCGCUUCUCAGGAUGGACAUGUCCAACUCGAGAAUGCCAGCAACAACCUCAACCUCGCACAUGGGUCUGGUGAACUGCCUUGAGUUCAGCCUGGACGGCCGGACGCUGAUUUCCUACGGCACCGACAACUCAAUCAGAAUGUGGGACACACAGAGCGGCGUACUGUCUGACGUGAACUGCGGCUCCGUGGACAAUUGCGUGAGGGUGAGCGUGCGGAUGGCGCUGAACCGCGGCAGAAGAAUGUUUGUGCCGUCGAGACACCACAUCAGGGUGUUCGACCUGGACACGGGCGAGCGGGUGCACAACCUCAAGGGCCACAUGAGCGACGUCUACUGUGUCCGCUACAACCCCCACUUUGAGAUACUGCACUCUGGUGGCAGGGACAGGAACGUUAUCAAUUGGACCAUGCAGAAUUAUAAAAAUGUGUGCACCAAAGCUGCAGAAGACAGUGACGACGAGAAUUGAUCUUGCGUACCUAAUCGAAUCAAAUUGACUGAUUGCUGAAUUAUUUGUCAGGAUUAAAAGCUAUUUAUUUUGAAAAGUA